GUGUGGCGGAGCAGGUUGGGUGAGGUGUGGAGCUGCAGGUUUGGUCUCCACAUUCAGGCCGCAGCGAAAGAACCGACUGUCAGGAAUGGAAGUCGGGCACAUGCACAACAAGUAUGGACGUGAGAGAGAAAGAAACCAUGAUGGCCACAAGUCUGUUACUAUUGAAGAACCAACAAGUGAAUGUAUGUCACCUGCUGAGGACUCUGGAAGAGGGGAAGAAGAGGACGAAGGCCAGGAUGACAAUUGGGGUGAGACGACGACAGCGUUGACCUCUGAACGGAGCGCGUCGCUGGAGGAGUUGGUUUGUAAAGAACGAUCUCAGGAAUCCCAGGGCAAUAGACCUGACACUCGGACUAUGGUGGGCUUCUACAUUUUCUGUGUCCUGUGCGCUCUCACCAUCCUCACCCCACCACUGUUCAUCGUGCUGCCCCAGGUGCUGUGGGGGGCUGAGCUGGAGCCCUGUGGGGUCAUCUGUGAAGGACUUUACAUCUCGGUUGCCUUUAAGCUGCUGUUCAUCGUCCUGGGGUCUUGGGCUGUUUUCUUUCGGAGACCUCGUUGUGCUCUGCCGCGCCUGGUGGAGUUCCGAGCUCUGCUUCUUCUGCUGCUUAGCCUCUUCCUGCUCUCCUAUUGGCUGUUCUACGUGGUGAGGAUUCUGGGGCAGCAGGAGCGGAACCUCCUGAGCGUGGUCCAAUAUACAGUGUCACUAGUGGACGCCUUCAUCUUCAUUCACUACCUGGCGGUGGUUCUGCUGGAGAUAAGACAGCUGCAGCCCUUCUACAUCCUGAGGGUGGUGCGGAGCAGUGACGGGGAAGCCCGCUGCUACACUGUAGGGAGAGUCAGUCUACAGAGAUCAGCGUUGUUCGUGUUAGAAAAUUUCUACAAAGAUUUUCCAGCUUUUACCCCAAGACCUCAGACCAGGAAGAUCAGGAAACAAGAGCAGAGCUUUGAGGGCCAAUGUCUUCUUGUGGAUGGUUUGGAGAACAGCAACGUGAACCAAUCACAGGCCCUGAUCCCGGCAUCGACCAGUUACAAGGAGAGAUACUACGCAGACAUUGACCAGGAACGCAAGAUACGCAGGCGGCGCGCAAGGCUGGUGGUUGCUGUCCAUAAGUCGUUCUCUCAGGUUCAGCGUCUGGAUAACGUGAAGUCUGGACCAGCGAUAGACCCCAGGGAGGCCGCACAGAGCAUCUUCCCCCUUAUUGCUCAGAGCCUGCAGCGCUACCUGCGUUCCACGAACCAGACUCACCUGUACAGCAUGGAGGCGAUAAUAGAGCACCUUACACUGUGCCUGACGCACAACAUGUCCCCACAGGCCUUUCUGGAGCAGUAUCUGCGCCCGGGGCCCCCAUGUCAGUACUCUGGAGCCCACCCAGCGGUGUGGACCUUAGUGAGCGAGGAAUCAGUCACACGAAGCCUCAAGUCCGACCUGACCUUCUGCCUGCGCAGUGCAGACGCCCAGCUGGUGGUGAGUGUGAGCGCCAUCCCCAGCGUGACCCUGACAGAGAACUUCAUCCCACCAAACUCCCAUCGCUUUUUGGUGCAGCUGUAUCCGGAGGCACUGGACAUCUCCAACAUAUCUCCAGCGUGAUGUGUACAUACGACCAUAUAUAACAUGUAUAUACUGCACCUGUUACAUGUACAUAUCAUCCCAUACUAUCACGUGUAUUAUAUGUCACCCCCCCCAUGAGAUGUUAUGACAAAGACUUGUGACAUCAUCACUUUGCUCAGUAUUAAUAUCAUUAAAGGUCAUUUGUAGAAAUGUC